UUCCAGUUCGUCGCUUUCCUGGCCCUUGUGGCUGCAGCCAACGCCGGUGUCAUCCCCGCUCAACUGUCCUACGCCCAGCCGGCUCACCUAGCCUACGCUACCGCGCCCCUGGCUGUGGGCCCCGUGACGAAGACCGUGGCGGUGGCCCCCGUGGCGAAGACCGUGGACGCUGACUACGACCCCCAUCCUCAAUACAGCUACGCCUAUGAUGUCCAUGAUAGCUUGACCGGUGACGCCAAAAGCCAACAGGAGACCCGCGACGGUGACGUCGUACAGGGCAGUUACUCCCUGAUCGAGCCUGACGGCACCAAGCGCACCGUCGACUACACCGCUGACUCUGUCAACGGAUUCAACGCAGUCGUCCGCAAGGAAGCCGCCACUGUUGCCCUCAAGGCCGUCGCCGCCGCCCCUAUUGCUCACGCCGCUCCUCUGGCCUACGCUGCCCACGCCCCCGUCAUCGCCAAGGUCGCCACCCCAGUGGCCCACGCUCCAGUCUACGCCGCCCCUAAGCUCGCCGUCGCUCACGCCGCCCCGUACACCAUCGCUCAACCCGCCCCGUACACCAUCGCUCAACCCGCCCACGCCCCAUUGGCCUACUCUGCUCAUCCAUCGCCCAUCGCCAAGUUCGCCGCCGCUCCAGCACUGACCUAUGCCGCGCCAGCACACUACCUCUAA